UGGAGAGAGAGGCGAGAUGAUGGGGGCGCGAUGAUGAUGGUGGUGGUGACAGGGAUGAUGUUCGUGCAGCCUUUAUCGGUGAUGGCGCUGAUGGAGAGCGGCGGCGGUGAUGAUGACGACGACGGUGAGACGGCGUCGCGCGAUAUUUGUCGAACGGUUACAUUAUUUGAACCUUCGCUUUUAGUCAUUCUUUUUUGUUUUUCUCUCGCCGAUGGCAGCGCGAUGUUCAAGGGGGGGGGGGGGGGCUAGAUGCUCCAGUGCGGAGGUUCUGACGCUCGCCACGCCGAGAGGGCUUCAGAUAGAAAGAAGAGUUCCUAAUUCCGAAGUUGAAGGGGCGUACACUAUCUCGUGGUUCACCAUACUGUGCACGGUUUGGCUUGCUUAGCAAUCAUCGGGCACGUGCAGUGUGCAGUGGCUUAAUUUGUAUUUGACUGUAAGUGAACAACAACAAAAAAACCCCGUAAAUUACUAUUUCAUUAUCAGGCUAUAAUUGGAACAAAUACAAGCUUUGUUGGCUGGCUGGCGCGCGUGACGUCACCGUGCGCGUCCGUGCGAUGACGUCGCCCGCAUCCUACAGCCUCGAGCCGCGUCCGUGCGUCGCGCUGACGUCACGCCAGGGGUUGGUGGAUCGCACGCAGAUGCCGUGAAAGUCCACUCCACGUGGGCAUCGAGGAGGCGUAACACCCUGGCUCGCCAGGAGAAGGCGCGUACGUACGGCGAAGUGCGGAUGAACCCAUCGAUCUCUUCCUUCAGUGUGGGAUAGAGUGAUGCCCCCUCGCACGCGUGGUGGGUUUUGUCCGGGUGCUACGGUUUCUUCCCAUUGUGUGGCUGAAAACAUCUUCAUCUACCGAGGACCGCAGAGCUCGGACUGCCGCCGCUGCCUUCCCCACUCGCCUCUGAGUCGUUCUCUCCCUCUCUCUUUCUCCCUUCGUGAGCGAGCGAAUGCACCACAGCGCUGUGCUGUGCGGAGGAGUCGGCGCUUUACAAGUUGGAGCUAAACAACACCCGGAGACACGACGCCCCAGGUCGAGACAGAUGCCUCGACUGAAGGCGCUUGGGACGGCCGCUGCGGAUCGACGGACGACCCCAGCCGCCGGUCUCAAGAGUCCAUCCAGCAGUGGAUUGGCGAAGACGGUGUGCGCGUGUAGCAGAAGCCAGAGAAACCAGCAGUGUCCAUCUUUUCCAUGUCUUCAGCCAACAGGAUGGCUCAGAAGGCGACUCAACCCCAGGGCACUGCUCAUGAAGGAAGCCACCCAACCACCGGUGGAUUCAAGCUGGUCAUCUUCGAGCUGGAGAACUUCCAGGGCCGACGCCUCGAGUUCACCGCCGAGUGCAGGAACGUGUGCGAGCGCGGCUUCGAGCGCGUGGGCUCCAUCCGCGUCGACACCGGCCCAUGGGUCGCCUACGAGCAGCAGAACUGCCGCGGGGAGAUGUUCGUGCUGGAGAAGGGCGAGUUCCCCCGGUGGGACUCGUGGUCCAACAGCUACCGCAGCGACCGCCUGAUGUCCUUCCGACCCCUCAAAAUGGAGAACCAAGACCACAAGAUCUCGCUGUUCGAGAAUCCCGACUUCACGGGCCGUAAGAUGGAGAUCACGGAGAAUGAUGUGCCCAGCCUCUGGGCCUACGGCUUCCAGGACCGCGUGGCCAGCAUCAAGGUGGCUGGCGGGACGUGGGUGGGUUACCAGUACCCCGGUUACCGUGGCUACCAGUUCGUCUUCGAGCGCUGCGAUUUCCGCCACUUCAACGAGUGGGGCGCGCAGCAGCCGCAGAUCCAAUCGGUGCGCCGCGUGCGCGACCAGCAGUGGCAUCCCCGGAGCCGCUUCACCUUCUCCAAGUGACGGCGCCGCGGCGGGCAUGAGGACCACGACGAAGACGACUACGACCCCAGCUCCCCUAACACCUCGCAGACCGCCCAGACCGAUCCACCCUCCACCUCCCCCCCCCCACCCCAAACCCGAUCUUGACCUCGUGUCUCCACGUGGAGACGUGCAAAAUUGCACUCAAGUACGAUUAAUCAUCUCGAGCCACGUGGUUACUCUGUCCUCUCUUCUUGCAUCUCUUCCUCAAGGGCGGGGGGAGGGGGGGGCUUUCUCUGCUCUUCGCGACCCUGCCACCUCUGAGAUUAUUUUCCCUGGACCGUGUGGGCCCUCACACCUCAACACUUAUUUUUUUUUUCCUGGGCCCUCUCCGAUCAUCUCUAACCUCAUGGGUCCUUAAUCGCCCCCUCCACCCAUCACCACGACUAUCCACAACCUUCUCUGACUGGAGGGUGGGUCUGCUGGCAGUACUAUUAAUUCAAUAAAUCAAAGACUACUUUAUUCAUUGAA